AUGUCUAGGGCCUACUUUGCUGCAUUUGAUACCGGGAUCGAAAAGAUCGUGCUGACGAGCAACGAGAGCAUCCGCGCGAUCCGCAAGGAGAACGUGGACCUGAAGGAGGAGGUGCGCGCGAUGAGCCACCUAUGCGCGGCGCUGUACGAGCAGCGGCUCGCGGCGGCGCUCAGGCUGCAGUUCAAGGACGACAUCAUACGCGAGAUGAGGCGCCAACUGCGCAGCGCAAAGGCCAAGCGCAAAGGCCAAGGUAUAGAGGACACUGCGCAGCGCAAAGGCCAAGGUAUAGAGGACACUGCACCCGAUCCGAGGGGACAGGAGGCCGUUGGUAUAUUUAAACUGCUGGAGGUGACCAAGUCGAUGAAUGGUUCUGUGGCCCUUGAGCGCCAAGAGGGCGCUGGGGUGCGCCGCCUCCUCAGGCCGAGGCGGCGCGACGCCCCCGACGCCGAAUGGCCCAACCGCAGCCCCGACCCCUCUCCCGACGGCAGCGUCUCUCUCCAGCUCGAC